UACCUAGUUACGUCUGGGAUAGCAUCAGUCUUCAAGUUGCAUACCCAAAGAUAGAAGCCAUGGCCAUGAGCAAGGCAGUGAUCGUCUGCGCCGUUCUACUAGGGGUUGGAGUCUUCGGAUUCCCGGAUGGACACCAUCACGGAGGUGGCGGUGGCGGUGGUGGUGGUGGCGGCGGUGGUGGCGGUGGCCAUGGACAUGGCCAUGCUCAUUCUUUCCAGCACUACCAUGGACCAGUAGAAGGACAUGGAGUAGAAGUCACAUGGAAGGAUAAGCAUGGGCACCAUCAUCACGACUUCAAGGCACAUCCUAAAUACGAAUUCGCUUACGGAGUAGAGGAUCAUCACACCAAGGACUUUCAUGGACAAAAAGAGCACCGUGACGGCAAGGACGUUGCCGGCGAGUACCACAUUCAUGAACCCGGCGGUAACGUGAGGACUGUCAAGUACCAUGCCGAUCAUCAUGGUGGAUUCCAUGCUGUCGUUCAUAAUUCCGGUGGAAACGACCAUUCCGGAGGAACUUAUGGCGGUCAUGGACACGGACAUCAUUAAGCUUCCCAUUGCCAUUCAUCUCCACGCAAUCAUCCUCCGGAAGAUCGAUCUCUAGCGACUUGGACGUCGUAUCCUGAUACAAAAAAAAAUGCGAUCAAUACGUUGCUAGGAGUCGUCGUUGUUUGCGGACCUGACACUUUGCACUAAAGACCGUUUCGUUUUCUGUUAUAUUUGUAUGUUAUCUAGAUUUAUAGAAUUGACGACAUACUAUUUGGAAUUGCUCUGAUAUAUAAUAAAGACAUGAAUAUACAUUA